GGCGCUGUGAAUUGAAAACGCUUUUCCGUUACGACGAAACAUUGUUCACGAAAGGUGGCCGAAGCACCAAAUGGAGCUAUUUCAGGACGAAGAGUUGAAAAUGUUAUUUUAUGAAAAUAGGCUGAAGACUUACGAAGGGUGGCCGUUCGACAAAGACUGCAUUUGCACACCCGAAAACAUGGCAAAGGCUGGCUUCAUCCACACGCCGUCAGACAACAGCCCGGACAUCGCCAUGUGCUUCUUUUGCCUUAAAGAGUUGGAAGGCUGGGAGCCCGACGAUGACCCGGAAAAAGAGCACAUAACACAUUCACCUUCCUGCUACUUUGUUGCCCUGAAGAAGAAAGAGGAAGAUCUGACUGUGGAAGAGUUUUUCAAGCUGAUGAAGGAGAGGAAGAAAUUUGAAAUUAUCAAAUCAUGUAACGAGGCCAUCAACAAUUUUAAGGAAGCAGCCAAAGUGAAAAGAGCAGAAAUAAUCAAGUCAGUAAUGGGCGAAGAGUAGCAAAUGGACGAAACUGCCAUCUUGUCUGUAUGUUCAGUCUGUAUGUUUUUCCUUUUGUGUUACUGUGUUAUGUGUGUUUUAAUUCAUAAUUUUUUUUAUUCCUUUAUUUGUUUGUGUAUGCCUCGUGUUUUAUUACCGAGUAAGACUGAUAGGCUAAAUAUAGAAUAAACGUUUCCCCCAGUGUUUCGAGUUUAAAUAAAAAGUAAAAGGCUCAUACACCUGCCCCUUAUUGUCUCUGAUUAAUUGAGAUUAAUCAAAAUACAUAUGUGAUCUGUUUUUGUUUUUUGAAGAAAAGAAUCAAUUGACAACCUUAGUUGUAAUUUGUCUUAUUUAAGAGUCAUAAGCCAAUUCUUACUAAAAUACAUAAUUGGUAAAUGUACAGUAUACAUAUUUUAUGAAUAUUUUACAAAUACCUUUGCAUUUUAUUUCCAGUGAAUUAGCUCAUCCAUUAGGAAGGACGCUACCUCCAGGGGGUCGGACUGGUUCCUCCUCCUGUACAGUCCCAUGCACUUUAAAUUACGUCUGUGAGGACGCAUACUUCUUACAAGGCCGUCCACUGAGCUCAAUAACCAUUAACAGCUCACUAUGUCUCCACCCAAGCAUGAAGUAGAACUUAAUCAAACUGGUUAAAUGAGUGACUGGACUUCACUUUACUCAUACUAAUUGACAAAGUUAAGAUUCAUUCAGUAUUUAACUUGUCUUCAACACAAUUUUAUCUAUGUAUUCAUUUUCAGAAUCCUCUUUAGUGGCCAAGUAUGUUAAAACAUACAAGGAAUUAGUCUCCUGUAGUUGGUAGUCACGCUAGUACUAUGGCAAAAAAAGACACUGAGAAAAUAAGUCCCACUCAAAAUAGAAAAGGAAAGGAGCCCCUCUCCCUCUGAAAAGGUCCCAUUCAAAAAUAUGUUAAAAAAAAAACAUCUUCCCUCAAAUUCUCAAGCCGAUUCUGCGUUUUUUGCGAAGCCUUUUCAGUCAAAAGCUUCUUCAUAUUAAGGUCUCCAUACCAACGUAACUCGCAACAGUAGCAGACAUACAAUUUGUUGUUGUUUGAAAUAUACAAUGUGUAAUUGUCUUUGCUUUAUGUUUAGUUUGACAGUGAACGUCAACUGGUAGUAGCAUUAAACAGCUUAAAGACAUUUUUCAAAUAUUUCUUCUGCUUUUUCUGGCGUGAGCAUUCAAGCUGGGAUUGUCACUGGACCCUUUUUUUUUUUUUUU